CACCACCCCAUUACCCACGACGAUCAAACAACAGAAGCCAGGGAGCGGUUGAUCGAUCAACCCGCCAAGAUGCAGAUCUUCGUCAAGACCCUGACCGGGAAGACCAUCACGCUCGAGGUCGAGAGCAGCGACACCAUCGACAACGUCAAGGCCAAGAUUCAGGACAAGGAAGGGAUCCCUUCGGACCAGCAGCGGUUCAUCUUCGCGGGGAAGCAGCUGGAGGAGGGGCGCACCUUGGCCGACUACAACAUCCAGAAGGAGUCGACGCUGCACCUGGUGCUCCGUCUCCGCGGCGGCACCAGGGGAGGCUACCUAAACGUGGAACCAAAUCUCCUGCAGCUCGCGCUCAAGUACAACGAGAAGAAGAUGGUCUGCCGCAAGUGCUACGCUCGGCUUCCCCUGAGGUCCACCAACUGCCGCAAGAAGAAGUGCGGCCACAGCAACGAGCUGAGGCCCAAGAAGAGGUUCGUCAACAAGCUUUCCAACUGAAGAUUGAACCAGGACGGGUGAGAGAAGCAAGAGGGAAAGGACCGUCGCUCAAUGAAUUGUUUGGUUUGGUUUAUCAAGUUGUUUUAUGAUUUUGAAUAAAACGGUGCUAUGUUCUAGCUAGCUAGUGUGAAGUCCCAAGCCAUGCAAUGAUUACCUCAGAGUCGACGAUGGA